AGUCUUCAGCACCACCACACGGUCCUUCUCGACAAGUCAGGACUCCAUUGAAACCUUUCAUUCUUACCCGGGAUGCAGCUCAGGCUAAGUAUGUUGGUUUUUGGCUAUUUAACAGAGUGUGGUGCGGUGCUGUGUUUUCAUGGUGAGUCUAAGAUACUUUUUCAAAUGCAGAAAAGCAGUCAUGUUCAGGCACCGUUUCACGUCAAGGUUGCAUGUGUUGUACAUCUGAGCGAGGGAUGGUCAAACUUCUGAUGCAUUUCUUCUACCUUCUCUAAUUUCUUCUGUUGUCAGCAUACUUCAGUGUCUCAACUAUCAGUGCAUGUUGGGGUGCAGAGUGGUUCCAUGCAUUGAUAUUGGUUCAGUCAAAUAGAACGUUUCUUGACCAUCUCUCUCUUCCUAUAGAGUGUUUGGUGCUGGGUAUCCUGGCCUGCCAACGAUGACUGUAAAUGACUGGUAUGAUCAGAAGAAAAGGGAAGAAGCAGCGCACGGUCAGAGUGCACCUCAGUGGCCACCACCAGACACAAAUGAUGAAGAGUUGCGGAAGGAGCAGCAGGAGAAAAUAAAGGAGGAGGAUGAUGAGGAAGCUCUCCAAAAAGCUCGGGACUGGGAUGACUGGAAAGAUACACACCCAAGAGGCUAUGGCAACAGGCAGAACAUGGGCUGAUGCUCCAGAAGCAGAGAGAGCAGGGCCUGGAAAUCCUAGCAUGUGUGUCAGCAGUGAAGGAAGUCAGAGGUGGGAAGUGUCAGCUGGACAGUUAUCUUGACCAGGGCUACCGUUGGCCCUUUCCACUGCCUCAUCGCUCCGUUCCUCCCCAGGCAGCCGUGCCAGCCUCCAUGCUGCCCUGCGCACACUGCUGGCCGUGCCGUGGCCCUCGCAGCGAGAUGUCCGUGCCUGGCUGCAGCUCCUCGCCGUGCUCCAGUCCCGUCACCCUGGUGCUGCUCAUCUACCUGGUGUUCACCCGCUUCUGGCCCAUCUCCGCUCUCUACCUGGCUUGGGUCAUUUUUGAUUGGGACACACCAGAGAAAGGAGGCAGGAGGUUGCCGUGCCUGAGGAGAUGGUCUGUGUGGAGGCAUUUUCGGGACUACUUUCCUGUGAAGUUGGUGAAGACACACGACCUGUCCCCUGGCCACAACUACAUCAUUGGUUCCCACCCCCACGGCAUUCUCUGCGUCGGCGCCUUCUGCAAUUUCAUCACCGGCUCCACCGGCUUCUCCGAGCUGUUCCCAGGCAUCCGGCCCUUCCUCACCACGCUGGCUGGAAACUUUCGUCUGCCCCUCUUCAGGGAGUACCUUAUGAGUGGAGGGCUGUGCCCAGUGACACGCCGUGCCAUCGGCCACCUGCUCUCCAAGAAUGGCACCGGCAACGCCGUGGCCAUCGUCAUCGGUGGAGCAGCUGAGUCGCUCUCCUGCAGCCCUGGCGUCACCACGCUCAUCCUGAAGAACCGUAAGGGUUUCGUCCGCAUGGCCCUGCAGCAUGGUGCCUUCCUCGUGCCCUCCUUCUCAUUUGGAGAGAACGAGCUGUUCCGCCAGGUGGUGUUUGAGGAGGGCAGCUGGAUGCGGGCCGUGCAGCAGCGCUUCCAGAAGAUGAUGGGUUUUGCUCCCUGCGUCUUCUACGGCCGUGGCCUCACCUCGGUGCGCUCACGGGGCUUCCUGCCCUACGCCCGGCCCAUCACCACCGUGGUGGGAGAGCCGGUGACGGUGCCGAAGAUCGAGGAGCCGAGCAGCGAGGUGGUGGAUCUGUACCAUGGAAUGUACGUGCGCUCCCUGCUCAAGCUUUUCAAUGACAACAAGACCAAGUACGGGCUGUCAGAGGGGGAUGAGCUGCGCAUCGUGUGAGUGCUGUGGGCAUGGGGACAUGUGGCUGACGAGGCCCUGCCGCUCCCCCUCCUCCUCUUCCUCCCGUGACACCCAAAGGUUGGCGGAGGCCCCAGAGGUGCCAUCCCCAGGACUGCAGUGAUGGGCACAGUCCCAUACAGUGACUGUGAGCAGAGGGAGGGCAUAGGGUGCCGUGAGGAAGAGGAGGGAGGUCACAGGUUUGCAGCCCCAUGGCUGGGCUGGGGAUGUUCCCAUGCCUGAGUGUCCCUCCCCUCACUCCAAGGGGGAACUGGUGACAGUGGCCUCAAUGUGGUUGUUGGGUGAUAUCUCAUACAAAUUUCCACCCCCUCA